GUAGUUCAGGUGAAAAGACCUGUGUAGUAGCCCCUUGUCACUGCAGUUGCUUUGUGGCAAUGCCGUCAGGUCAUGCCUGGGUGGCUGCGGUUGCAGUUUUGGUGGCUACAGACUCAUCAAUGGUGUGGGCAGGCAAAGACACGCACGCCUACAAGAUGGGAGAAGAUGUGGUAGUGUGGACUGACAAGGUUGGUCCUUACAACAACCCACAGGAGACGUACGAAUAUAGCACACUUGGCCUGUGUGAGCUAGAAGGCGACGACAUUGCAGUAGAGCAAGGAGAGCUUUCGAUCGGUGAGACGCUUGAAGGGCAUGCCUUCUUCUCAUCGCCAAGGCUGGACAUCCAUUUCGGUCAAAACAAACCGCAGACGCCGCUCUGCAACAUGAGAUUGAAAGACGAGCAAGCCAAGGCUCUGGCUACAAUGAUCAACGACAACUACUGGUAUCAGCUCUACAUAGAUGACUUGCCCAUUUGGGCGUUUGUUGGGGAGCACUCCAAGUUUGCUGUAGACGUCAGUAGAUUUUCCAUGAUGUACCGAGACAACAACAAGUCUCUUCAGAUGCCGUCUGGGUCGGCACCGCCCGUUCCAAAGCAGCUCAAGGGCAAACCUCUUCCCAGAAUCUACACGCACCGGCACUUCACCCUCUUCUACAACAAUGAUCAAAUUAUUGAGGUAGACAUGGAGCCGUCGAGUCCGUGGCCAAUCUACGCGGGAGCUCCAUUGAAUUUCUCGUACACAGUUCUUUGGUUCCCCACCAACAAAGAAUUCAAGGACAGGACAAAUCGAUAUUUGGAUCCGAAAUUCUUUGAGCACAAGGUUCAUUGGUUUUCAAUUGUGAACUCCUUUAUGCUUUGCCUCUUCCUUUGUGCUGUUGUUGCUAUCAUUUUGAUGAAGACCCUCAAGCAAGACUUUACGCGCUACUCUGCCAGCGAAGCUGAAGAGCUGGAAAACCUCGACGGUGUUGGUGACGAGAGUGGGUGGAAGCAAGUCAACGGUGAUGUAUUCAGAAAACCAGAUCAUCUCGCAAUCUUCACGGUGGUGUAUGCAUCUGGCUGCCAUUUGGCAUGCACCGUCUUCAUUGUGCUCAUUUUUGCGAUAUGCAAUUCGUACUAUGCUUCACGGGGGGCAACGGCAGGCUCCUUCGUAAUAGCCUAUCUUUGCACUGUCAUUGUUGGUGGCUAUGAGGGUGGCAGGAUAUUCCGAAUGUUUGGAGGGCAGCAAUGGAAGAGGACGAUGGUUUACCAGUGUCUAUUCAUGCCGGGUGUUGUGUUCAUGAGCUUCGUCGUCAUCAACACCACGGCAAUUUUCUACAGAGCUACGAUGACUGUACCGUUCAAGACGAUUUUCAUCAUCAUUGUCCUCUUUCUAGCUGUUUGCGUGCCACUGCACACAGUUGGCACACUGUUGGGACGAAGGGCAGCAGCUGAGCGAUCCUUUCCAUGCAGAGUUCAUCACUUGAAAAGGCCCAUUCCAACGAAGCACUGGGCCUUUACACCUGUCAUGACGAUGGUCGCAGGUAUUGUACCCUUUGGGUGCCUCUUCAUUGAAAUGUACUUCAUUCUCUCAGCGGUUUGGAGCCACAACAAGAUCUACUACGUCUAUGGCUUUAUGUUUGCCAUCCUCGUUUUGCUAUGUCUGGUAAUAAUUUGCGUUAGCAUUACUUGCACUUACAUCCUUCUGAAUGCGGAGGACUAUAGGUGGCAGUGGCAGUCAUACAUUAGUUGUGCAGCAACUGCGCUCUACGUUUUCCUGUACACCAUCCACUACUUCUACAACUCAACGCAGAUGUCUGGCUUUCUGCAGACCGUCUACUACUUUGGUACAUCCUUCAAUUUCUGCAUUGGCCUAGCUCUUUUUUGCGGUUCUUUGGGCUUCAUCGGCGCCUCCAAGUUCGUCUUCCUUAUAUAUAGCAAUAUCAAGGCAGAGUGAAGUUGAGUGAGUGAAGGAAACGCACUCAGAACGCCAAAGCAGUGGUGCAUGCAGACUUGAAACAGAGAGUGGCAUUGUACCCAGUUGCAACUUGGCAACCUCCUCGCAAUUGAAGAAAAAA